UGGUUGGUGGGAAAGCGCUGGUGGGGCACGGUGCCUUGCGGGAGACUGGAAUCGAGAGGGGGGGCGAUGUGGGACAUAGUUGUUUCUUUGCAGCAUGUAUGGUGGAAGCAGGGUAUGGAGAAGCGGAGCUACAGAGGAGUUCGACUUUGGCCAUGGCGAGGAGCUAUGAGGAAUAGAAAUGGCGAUUUGAAGCUGGAGGAUGAUUAUUCGCGGUGGCUUCGCAUGCUCCGGUUGGGGUUGGGGUUUGAACAAUUGGCGUUCACGCUCUCCCCUUCCCUUGAACUGCCUGUGAGCGUCUGCUGGCGGGCUCAGCAGUUCUGUCUCGCGAACGUGGCUCUGAUCGCUGGUGACGGUGAUGUGCGCUAGUACUGUCCGACAGUCUUCAUCACUCGGUCAUCAUGAGCAGGAUGGUUGAGCACUCUGGCCAACCACGAGGUGGCCGGGUUGCCUUUUGGCUGAUGAAGGAGGAGGCGAGAUCCGACAGAGGGAACUGGCUGCUAGAGGCUGCUGGUGGGCUCAGCAGUUCUGUCUCACGAUGUGGCUCGGAUCGCUGGCGACGGUGAUUUGUGCUACGGUCCGACAGUCUUCAUCACUCGGUCGUUAUGAGCGGAUGGUUGAGCACUAUGGACAACCACGAGGUGGCCGGGCUGCCUUUUGGCUGAUGAACGAAGUCCGACGGACGGGGGGAGCGUGUUUAAUAACAUUGGUAGGGUUUUGCGUGCGGUCUCCUCACUAUAACAUUUCAGAAGGAUGGUGCUUAGUUCUUCAUAUCAUUUUCCCUAUUUCCUAUCUGGAUUUAGUCGCUGGUGAAUAGGAGUUUUUCGUCAAAACUCCUCAAUAAGACUGAUCCCUUUGUCUUCCAACGGAUAAAUCUCAAUCUUCCUU